AUGCAGCCGCCUUGUUCGCUCCAGCUCGGCCCCUGUGGCCCCUCACCGUCCCCGGGCGGCUCCGGCAGCCUCCAGCAGCUGGAGGAGAAGCAGCUCUUUGAGAAGUUUUGGAAGGGGACUUUCAAGGCUGUGGCCACCCCGAGACCGGAGAGCGUCAUCGUAGCGAGCAUCACCGCCCGCAGGAGAGUCGCUGACUCUGAAACAACAACCUGCCAGCCGCUCAAGACUGACGAGAGGAAGGCGGCGGACACGAGGGUGGACGCGUCGGACAGAAACGGCUGCAUCAAAGGACGUAAACACCACAGCAGCCACCGCCGGGCCAGGAGCCCUUCCUUUGAUGAAGAACGUUCCCUUCGGCCAAAGGGGAAGAAGAAGAAGAGAAAGUCUGAGCGGAAGAGGAAAAGGAAAAGGUCUCCGUCCCACAGCCUGUCACCGCUGAGGAAGAAGAAGAAGAAGAAGAAGAAGAGCUCCAAGAAGAGCAAGCGGCAUAGGUAUACCUCCAAAAAGUCAAAACACAGCUCUUCAAGUUUAAAACAUAAGAGGAAGGAUGAGCGCAAGCACAAGAAAAGUUCCAGGACUCACUCGCGGCGGAGGCGGCGGUACCGGAGGUCAGAGUCGGACAGCUCCUCCUGCCAGUCUUCCACAGAGGACAGACACCAUCUGCAAAAAUCUGUGGUGCAUCAGGCUUUAGGAGAGCUGGCAGCUGUGGGACAGGAAGCCAACACACUGCUCACCCACACGGACAUCAAGUGGAGACCUACAACCAAAUCAGUGUGUAAAACGGCUCCAAAAUAUCGCUCCAUCCUCUCAACCGGCACCAUUUUGUCGUCAAAACCUGGAGGCGACCUUUUACACGGAAACGGGUCUCAGCAUUUGUCGAGCCACGCCGAAGGGCCGCACGAUUACGAUUCUGGGAAUGACACGUCUUCGCCGCCGUCGAGCAAAACCGGUGUUUCUCGGGCGAGUGUCACUGACAACAAGAGGAACCGCUGUCAGCGUCUGGCCUCGCCGGAGAAGCUCAAGUUCGCUGACAGAGACAAUGCGUCUGAUUCAGGAAACUCUGUCACCAGCUACGCUUCCUUGUGCAAACCGUACGUGGAGGACGGCUUGUCUGCAACCAUUUUCAGUGCAAAAAGGGAGCAGAUAACCUUGGGGUGUCGGAUAGAGGUCGUGAGAUCCCCAAAGACAUCCAGCUGUUCGCAGAGGAGGAACGAGUCGUCUCGAAGGCGACUGAAAGGCCGGUCGUCGAGCAGCAGGAGCAGGAGCAGAUCCUCAGGGAGUUCCAGAUACUCGGGACGCUACUCUCGAAGCCCCUCUCUGUCGUCUUGCAGCUCGUACUCGCGCUCGCUGAGUAAUUCGGCUGAUCUGAGGCGAAGAGGCAGCGUAGCCAGCCUGAGCUCCAGAGGAAGCUACUCCAGAUACAGCGCUGACAGACUGCGGGGCCGAAAGAGAACAGGCAGCUCCAGAGAGACGGACGUGAAGCACGCACAUAAGGUUAGCGGGAAGAGACGAAGACGCAAAUCCUACUCUCCUAUGAAGAAGAGGAGGAGAGACUCGCCAAGCCAUCUGGAAGCACGCCGAAUCACAAGUGCCAGGAAGCGGCCCAUCCCUUACUUCCGCCCCAGCCCGUCCUCCAGCAGCCGCUCCACCAGCGUGUCGUCCUGGAGCAGCCUCUUCACCCGCAGCCGCAGCCGCAGCCCCGUCCACAGCCUGAGCCGCAGCAGGAGCCGCAGCCGGAGCCACAGCUACUCCACCUACCGGAGCUACAGCCGCAGCUCGUCCUGGAACUCCAUCUUUGGGACCCGCAGCCGCAGCCGGAGUCGCGGCUCGCUGAGCAAACGCAACAAAACGAGGCAUUAG